CCUGUUCGGGGCGACUCCUUUUCCUCGGAAGACGCAAAAGGGAGAGAGAAAGACCCACGUCUAGAUACAUAGAGCGGAAUGGCUGACUCGGCGGCAAACAGCGACGGAGAGGACGGACCCCGCGAGCCCACGCGCGGCUUCGCGCGCCAGGGCGCCCUCCGCCAGAAGAACGUGCACGAGGUGAAGGACCACAAGUUCAUCGCGCGCUUCUUCAAGCAGCCGACGUUCUGCAGCCACUGCACCGACUUCAUCUGGGGCUUUGGCAAGCAGGGAUUCCAGUGUCAAGUCUGUUGUUUCGUGGUUCACAAGCGUUGCCAUGAGUUCGUCACCUUCUCCUGUCCAGGUGCUGAUAAAGGGCCAGCGUCAGAUGACCCGAGGGCCAAACACAAGUUCAAGGUCCACACCUAUUCCAGCCCCACCUUCUGUGACCACUGUGGGUCACUCCUCUAUGGGCUCCUACACCAGGGCAUGAGAUGUGAUCACUGCAUGAUGAACAUCCAUAAGCGCUGUGUGGCCAACGUGCCCAGCCUGUGUGGGACUGACCACACUGAGAGGAGGGGCCGCAUCAUGAUCUCAGCCGACAUCAAGACCAACGUGCUCACCGUCACCAUCAAAGAAGGCAGGAACCUCGUUCCUAUGGACCCCAACGGUCUGUCAGACCCCUAUGUUAAACUUAAACUGAUCCCAGACCCGCGAAGCGAGAGCAAACAGAAGACCAAGACCAUCAAAUGCUGCCUGAACCCCACCUGGAACGAGACCUUCAAAUUCCAUCUGAAGGAAUACGAUAAGGACCGCCGUCUGUCAGUGGAAGUGUGGGAUUGGGACCUGACCAGCCGGAAUGACUUCAUGGGUUCAUUGUCCUUUGGCAUCUCUGAACUCCAUAAACAAGGCGUGGACGGAUGGUUCAAGUUGCUGUCCCAGGAGGAGGGGGAGUACUUUAAUGUCCCUGUUGCCCCAGAGGGGGAGGAGGGCAAUGAGGAGCUAAGGCAGAAAUUUGAGAGAGCAAAGAUUGGCCCAAGCAAGAUCACAGAAGGCUCCGCCUCCAACGCCGCGUCUCGCUUCGACUCCAACGGGAACCGGGAUCGCAUGAAGCUUUCUGACUUCAACUUCCUCAUUGUGCUGGGCAAGGGUAGCUUUGGCAAGGUGAUGCUGGCGGAGCGUAAAGGGACAGAGGAGUUGUACGCCAUCAAGAUCUUGAAGAAGGACGUGGUGAUCCAGGAUGACGACGUGGAGUGCACCAUGGUGGAGAAGAGAGUGUUGGCUCUGUCUGGCAAACCUCCCUUCCUAACGCAGCUCCACUCCUGCUUCCAGACCAUGGACCGGUUGUAUUUUGUCAUGGAGUACAUCAAUGGAGGAGAUCUCAUGUACCAAAUUCAGCAGGUUGGCAAGUUCAAAGAGCCCCAUGCUGUGUUCUACGCUGCAGAGAUAGCCAUCGGUCUUUUUUUCCUCCAUGUGAAGGGCAUCAUCUACAGAGACCUGAAGCUGGACAAUGUGAUGCUGGACUGUGAAGGCCACAUUAAGAUAGCCGACUUCGGCAUGUGUAAAGAGAACAUGCUGGACGGGAUCACGACCAAGACCUUCUGUGGUACACCUGACUACAUCGCUCCUGAGAUCAUUGCCUAUCAGCCUUACGGGAAAUCAGUGGACUGGUGGGCCUUCGGAGUCUUGCUUUAUGAGAUGUUGGCAGGACAGCCUCCGUUUGAUGGCGAGGAUGAGGACGAGCUGUUUCAGUCCAUCAUGGAGCACCAUGUCUCCUAUCCCAAGUCCAUGUCUAAGGAGGCUGUUGCCAUCUGUAAAGGGCUGAUGACAAAGCAUCCUGGGAAGCGUCUCGGCUGCGGUCCGGAGGGGGAGAGGGAUAUCAGGGAGCAUGGCUUCUUCCGUUACAUGGACUGGGAGAAGCUGGAGAACAAGGAGGUGCAGCCGCCCUUCAAACCCAAAGCUGUAACCGUGGACACCUGUAACUUCGACAGGGAGUUCACCAAGAUGCCUGUGGACCUGACCCCGACGGACAAGCUCUUCAUCAUGAACCUGGACCAGGACGAGUUCCUCGGCUUCUCCUACACCAACCCCGAAUACGCCACCCCCAAGACUUAA